CAAGCUUGGAGCGCCUGCCAAACUGGGCCGUGCGUUCCGGCCCACGAGCGCGGAACGAGCGCGAGGCAGCCGCAAGAAGCCGUCGACCGUGCGAGGCGAGCGGGCAGCGCGACGCGUAUCGGUAGACACGCCACAGUAGCUACCUGGGCAGCUUGCAAGCUUUGGGGCAGCUCGCAUUCCGCGCACGGAUCGCGACAGGCUGCCCGAGUAGACGAGAUGGCCGACUACUGGCAGCAAAAGGACGCGAGCCGCCCGGAAGACGAGUGGCAGCUGCCGCUCGACCACCCGGACAACCCGGACAAUCCUGAGUCUCAAGGCAACAAGCUCAAGGCGGCGACCCAGGCGUUGAGCGACCGCCUCGCCCAGGAAAAGCACUCCCUCGGGAAAAGGGAUGAACUCAUGGUCUUCACGUACCAGGGCGAUUUGGAACGCGUUAGAUUUGUUUUGAAGGCGGAGCGCGCCCCGGACAUUAACAUGCGGGACUUUGGGGGCUAUAACCUCGUGGCGCUGGCGGCGGAGGCCGGCCACGUCGACAUUUUGAGGGAGGUGGCCCAAGCCGGCGCGUCCAUCGACAAUGUGGACUACCGCGGCCACGCGCCGAUCCACCAUGCCGCGUUGCACGACCACGUCGAGUGCGCGCACGAACUUGUUCGAAGAAGGGCAUCAUUGGAUGUGAGAGAUCGGAGCAUGGGCCAGACGGCCUUGCACCUCGCUUGCAAGGAGGGGCACGACCGUAUUUUGAGGUUGUUGUUGGAUGGCGGCGCUCGUACGGACUUGAACGAUUUUAAAGACAGAAGUUGUCGCGAAAUCGCCGAGUGGUUCGGCCAUAGUGAAAUUGUGAGAAUGUUGGAUCUCCAUCGACCGAAGGAAGAACGACCAAAGAUAGACCAGCUGUACCUCGCUAAUUUGAUACCUGAAAGAGCCACAGCACCUCUAGAGCCGUUCAAAUUGUUAGAUUGGCUCGCGUCCGAUCCGGGCCUCGAUGUGAAGGACCCGCGGUUGCUCGAAGCCAUGGAACGGCUGCAUCGCUCGAAGUAUAGGAGUAGAUACGCGAUCGCGCGGGCCGAUCUGAAAGAUCUGAGGGAGCUCGGUCUGCGGGGCUCGGACGCGACGCGCGUGCACAAACGAGCUCUCGCGGAGCUGCCCGACGCUGUCGAUGAAGGUGUGUUGGCAGCCAAUCAAAAGGUCGAGGACGAGAAGGCUCGACAAAUACUGAUGAAAGCGGCGAGCGAGCUGCUGGACACGGAAACAGUUAAUGACGAGGCGUCCGUCGCGUCGCAGGCGUCGAAGGCGUCGCAAGCCUCCAAGGCGUCGCAGCGGAGUAUGCGGAGCCGACGACGGUCC